AUGGCCCAGCGUGAAGAAAGAAUGAAUUAUAUACAACUAGAGAAACUCGGCGAGGGCACCUAUGCAACCGUCUACAAGGGGAGGUCGCGGACGACGAACGAGAUCGUCGCCCUCAAGGAGAUUCACCUCGAUGCAGAAGAGGGCACACCAUCCACCGCCAUCCGCGAAAUCUCGCUGAUGAAGGAACUCAAGCACGUCAACAUCGUCCGCCUAUACGACGUCAUACACACAGAAACCAAACUCACUCUCAUCUUCGAAUACGCCGACCAGGACUUGAAGAAAUACAUGGACCAGCACGGCGACCGCGGCGCGCUCGACCCGAACACUGUUCGCAGCUUUAUGUUUCAAUUACUCAAAGGAACAGCAUUCUGUCACGAAAACCAAGUUCUGCAUCGAGAUCUGAAGCCGCAGAAUCUGCUCAUCAACCGAAAAGGAGAGCUGAAGUUGGGCGAUUUCGGUUUGGCGAGGGCUUUCGGUGUACCUGUCAAUACUUUCUCCAACGAAGUCGUCACCCUUUGGUACCGUGCUCCAGACGUACUGCUUGGUUCCCGUACCUAUAGCACUUCGAUCGAUGUAUGGUCCUGUGGUUGCAUUUUCGCCGAGAUGAUCUCUGGGACGCCUCUCUUCCGAGGCAGAGACAACCAAGACCAGCUUCUCCAUAUCAUGAGGGUCAUUGGCACCCCAAGCGAAGCAACCCUACGCAAGAUCGCGCAGGACUCACCUGAGGUUACGUUGAAGCAAUUCCCUCGAUACCCUAAGAUGCCUUUCCAACAAAUCCUUCCCAAGGCGUCACCACAAGCUAUCGAUCUCCUGGAGCGUCUGCUCAAAUUCGACCCUGCUGAGCGUAUUAGCGCUUCGGAGGCCCUUUCUCAUCCCUACUUCACCUCUACUACCAGUCAAAUACCUUACAGCCUUAACACCGCCCCAGGAGCCAUGGCGCCUCCCAGCUUCAACUACGUCCAUCCCCAUCCACAGCAGCAGCAACAGCAACAGCAGCAGCAGCACAUACACCAGCAACCACAACAAAUCCCCCAGCAGAUUCCUCAGCACCAACAACAACGAGCAGCGGCAAUCCCAGUGGCUACGAUAUACCCCCAACAGGCCCAGAUGCAGGCCCAGAUGCAAAAUGCGCAAGCAACUCAGCAGCAAGCCGCGCUAGCCCAUGCGCAACAGAUGCAGGCUCAGGCUCAGGCGCAGCAACAACAAGCCUACCAAGCCUACCCACCACAAUAUGCUCACCCCGGUCGGUAG